CUCCACCUCCACCACCACCACCACCACCUCCUCCUCCCCUCCCUCACCACGUCUCUCUCAGGAUCUUCCACCGAACCCACGGGAAACCGGCGCCCAGAUCUUUCCCCCCGCGAUUCAGAUCACCGGAUCGACUCGCCAACUCGCAGAACCUGCACAGCGGCGCCGAGGUUGCUGGGGGCUGUGGAUCUGCUGAGGUGGCGACAUGGAGCUGGAUUUGGGAGCUCUUCUCAAAUCCGGCGGCCUCUCGGUCUCGGACUACGACUCGGUCGUUUCGAUCAACAUCUUCAUUGCGCUGCUCUGCAGCUGCAUUGUGCUCGGGCAUCUGCUGGAAGGGAACAGAUGGGUGAACGAGUCCAGCACUGCGCUUGUCAUGGGGCUCAUCACUGGAGGCGUGAUUAUGCUCGUCACUAAUGGGACGAAUUCAAGGAUUCUUGUGUUCAGCGAGGACCUGUUUUUCAUCUACUUGCUUCCUCCGAUCAUUUUCAAUGCUGGGUUUCAAGUAAAGAAAAAGCAAUUCUUCCGCAACUUUAUGACAAUUACUUUAUUUGGUGCUGUUGGGACAUUGAUAUCCUUUGUAAUAAUCUCUCUCGGUGCUAUGGGAUUGUUCAGGAAACUUGAUGUUGGCCCACUCGAGCUUGGGGAUUAUCUUGCAAUUGGUGCUAUUUUCUCUGCAACAGAUUCUGUUUGCACCUUACAGGUGCUUAAUCAGGAUGAAACUCCCCUACUCUAUAGUCUAGUUUUUGGUGAAGGUGUUGUUAAUGACGCUACAUCUGUUGUGCUCUUCAAUGCGAUUGAAAACAUUGAUAUUGGUCAUUUUGAUGCUCUUGUUCUAUUAAACUUCAUUGGGAAAUUCCUCUACCUAUUCUUUACCAGCACCGUUCUUGGAGUAGCUGCUGGGUUGCUUAGUGCCUACAUUAUUAAGAAGCUUUGUUUUGCAAGACAUUCAACUGAUAGAGAAGUUGCUAUCAUGAUGCUCAUGGCAUACCUUUCGUACAUGCUAUCGAUGCUGCUGGAUCUGAGUGGCAUUCUCACUGUCUUUUUCUGUGGAAUAGUAAUGUCACAUUACACUUGGCAUAAUGUGACAGAAAGCUCUAGGAUUACUACCAAGCAUACAUUUGCAACUUUAUCAUUCAUUGCAGAAAUUUUUCUCUUUCUCUAUGUUGGGAUGGAUGCAUUGGACAUUGAAAAAUGGAAAUUAGCUAGUAGCAGUCCUAAAAAACCAAUUGCUUUAAGUGCAAUUAUAGUGGGCCUGGUUAUGGUUGGACGAGCAGCAUUUGUAUUCCCUUUGUCUUUCCUAUCCAACCUAAGUAAAAAAGAGUCACGUCCAAAGAUCUCCUUCAGGCAACAGGUAAUCAUAUGGUGGGCUGGUCUCAUGAGAGGAGCAGUAUCAAUUGCACUUGCCUAUAACAAGUUUACAGCGUCUGGUCAUACUGAGGUGCGAGUUAAUGCUAUCAUGAUCACCAGCACAGUCAUUGUUGUUCUGUUCAGCACAAUGGUUUUCGGUUUGCUGACUAAGCCACUGCUUAGUCUCCUCAUCCCACCAAGGACUGGCCUGAACAUAUCCGAGCUCUCAAGCCAGUCAAUUCUAGACCCACUUCUUGGAAGCUUGAUGGGGUCUGACUUCGACGUGGGUCAGAUCCCGCCGCAGUACAACCUCCAGUAUAUUCUCACCGCGCCAACUCGCUCUGUCCAUCGCCUGUGGCGCAAGUUUGAUGAUCGUUUCAUGCGCCCAGUGUUCGGUGGGCGAGGCUUCGUUCCCUUUGUGCCUGGUUCGCCGGUGGAGCGGAGCGUCCCUGAAUCUCACCUGGGCACUGUGACUGAGGCAACUGAGGCAGAACGUAGUUGAGUUGAGGCAUAGAAGAUGUAGAAUUUUUUUGUAAAUGUUCAGACAGAUACCACUCCUUUUGGACAUCUAUUGUUCCUGUAUCUUACACAGAUAGUUUCUGAUAGAGCUACUUAAGCUGGUAUAGUCUUCUGGUGCCACUACAACUGUACAAUACCGCAAUUCAUUCAUCUGUAAAAUAUAAUGUUGUUCAAAGAGAAUAAUUACAUGCUGGGAUAUCGGCAUGUUUUGUAUUGGAUUUGUAGAAAGUUUCUCUCUUUUUUUUUUCUGAAUGAAAGUUGUUCUUGGAGCUUGA